AUGCAGUUUACAAGCAAUCGAAAAAAUAGAAGAAGCCGGAUUAAUCCCCUAGAUAGUUCACAAAAUGCUUGGACUAAUACAUACGGCUUACAGAUGUACAAAAUUCCACCAACGGACAACAUAACCUUGGAGGAGUUCGAAGAGUUUGCCAUUGAUCGAUUGAAAGGUAGGCGAUCAUGUCUUGGGAGAUUAUAAACUGAAGUAUCUUGCUUAAAGAACAAGAGUUUUGAUUGUUUUUCGCUUCAUUCUCUUCUCGAGACAUUGAGGGAGUAAGUAUCAGUUGGUGCUACUCGGGAGAAAGGAUAUAUUCCGAUUUUAGAAAGGUGUAGAUAUCAACUGCAUACAUGAAUUUGAAUGCGUUGGUCAAAACAAUUUGGUAUUUGUCGUUUCGUGAUGCCUUAUCUCAAUACGGACAAGUGUUAAACGACCUACGCCAUUAACAAAUUUUUUAUAGACAGAAAAUACCAGGAUUCACCCUUGAUACGUAAGCUUGCAUACAUGAUUUCAAAACAUAUUUCUUCAGAAAGACUACAAGCUUACCCUUUGGGGAGGUAGUAAGGAUGAUUUAGCUGAAGCGAAUCCUGUGUUCUGAUUGGCUACCCGAGGGAGCAAGAUGGGCCUAUCUUGCAAGCUUUGUGGUCAUAUUAUAAACUUAAUGUCAGAUCCCGAGGGAAACAGUUAGUUUUGUUUUCCUGAGAGUCCUGAUGUUUCCUGAGACGAAGUCGAGGGAAAACAAAACUAACUGGUUUCCCGAGGGACCUGACAUUAAGUGUUUUGUUAUAGUUUCUAGACUCUCACUUCAACAGCAACAAAAGAUAACCAGAGUGAACCAAAACAAUUGACUUGGUACUUAUAACAACACCAAUUUAAUUCCCAAAACUACUGAAUGAAUGUACAAUGUACUCUCCUUAUACUAUUUGCAUCAUUUUCCUCCACUAGUUGCUUUUUCUCUUCUGGGAUAACUUUUAAAAUCACUGCUUUUUAACUUGAGGCUUCGUGUUUGUGUUGUUGUGUUCAUUCACGAAAAAGAAAACUAGCAGUGUUUUUCCAGCCCUCUGUCUCACGCCACUUUCCACUGUGCUUUGAUCACGUGCUGUAAUGUAUCCUGAGCGGGGUACAUUGCCUAAUUUAUCACGAUUGGGAUACAUUUGAUUUUAGUCAAGGCCACGUGACCAAGAAUCAACCAAUGGCAGUCCCUGUUUAGUUGAGUGAAAGUCUAGGAAUAUAACAAUGGCCUUUGUCUCAGUCAAUAAAAAUACAAAAAAAAGGAUUUGGCCAAAAUUAUAACACAUAUACUUUUGUGUGUACAUGUAGUAAGGCUUGAAAAAAACUUGAAUUCAAGCUUGUCCUUUGUCAUAUUUUUCCUCCCAUGGUCACUUCUUGCUGUCUUAGAGGAUGACUUGCCUGGUCCCUUGCCCAUUGAGCAAGUGAGCUUUAAAUCUACUUGUCCCAACUCCUGGACUCGACUUUUUUGGAGGCGUAUAGAGUAUAAUGUGCAACUAACUUUGGUUACUAACAUUUUGAAAUGCUACCCUGUAAGGAACCAGAAAGUGAAUUGGUUACAGAUAUAGUAACCGUUAAAAUUAGUACUGGAGAGAUUUAGAGUCACGUUUAUGGCAAACAACAAACAUCAGAUUCAAAUUGCGAAUUUCUCAAAAUAGAAAAUACAUUUAAGCAAAUAAAAACUCUCCAAGACAAUACUAAUUGGAUGAAAGGGAAAACUUGUUCACAUGGUGCAAAUUCUGCCGUUUGCUGUAAGCUUGACUCAAAAUCUCUCUAUUAUCAUACAGUUCUGGCUUUCAUGUUGACUUGUUGUCACAGCUCUCCCCUCCAACCCACCACUGCAGGUGACCAUUAAGACAAAGGCUGGCAAAUGGUACCUAUAAAAAUAUUUUAUGAGUCUCAGAAACUUUUCAUCCAAUCUCAAAAUCUUAGAGCUGAAGUCUUGUUUUUGUUAGCUUUGUUUGAACAUUUUGCUUUAAAGUCACAGAUUUUUAUCAGCCCAUUCUUAAAGUAUUUAAACAAUGGCAAACACUCGCUCACAGAUUUUACUCCUUUCUUAUUAGUUCUCAGAGAGGUGGAAACAUUUGGUAUUCGGUACAAAAGAGGCUCUAAAGAGUAUGAAAAUGCCAUGAAGGAAAGCUUGAAAAAAUUCUUGCCCCUGGCACAGAGAGCCACGAACAAGGUAGGGUAUUCUGCUGCUAUAGGAAGUCUUAUUAACCCUUUAAACCCUAAUAUCAAAAUUGAAAUUCUCAUUUGUUAUCUCUAUACGUUUUCAAUAGAAGUAGUGGGGAGAAUUUGUUGAAGUAUCAAUUGGAUUCGUCUUGUGUGAUCAUGUCCUUAAUUCUCAUGACCACUCUGUUUUAUAAAGCAGUGAUAUUACAAGGAGAAAUUUGACACUGAUCACUCUUAGGGCUUAAAGGGUUAAACAGAUGCUUUCAAUUAUUCCUUUACCAGCUUACAGUCCUGCAGGUACGGGUGAGGAGAACCUUUAUCUCAUGUCUUGAUUUACUUGUAUAAAACUAUUUUACAAAUCACAUUAAAUUUAUGUACACUGUACAGUGAAACCCAUGAGAAAAAAUGACAAGGUGACCCCAAUUUUGGUCCAUUUACAAUAAGCAAGUAAGACAAGGGGAACAAGGAUUGCGCAGUGGUGAGAGCACUCGCCUCCCACCAGUGUGGCUUGGGUUCAAAUCCCGUUGUUGACGCCAUGUGGGUUGAGUUUGUUGUUGGUUCUCUUCCUUGCUCCGAGAGGUUUUUCUCCGGUUUCUCCAGUUUUCCCCUCUCCACAAACACCAACACUUCCAAAUUCCAAUUUGAUCUGGAACGAACGGACACAUUUAAACGAGUUCAUAAGAUCUCCUAAGUGCUUUGUGGGUAAACAAACAAUUUACGAUUCACAAUGGGCCAUUUCCGAGUUCUAAAAAUUCUCACUUUGAAAUGAGGCUAACUGCAAAACCAUUGUGAAAAUGUGUUUUAUUUGCAUGAGAAUAAAUCAUUUUCAUAUCGCUUUGAAACAGAGGCAAAGGGUUACUCAGAAAUGGCUUAUUUCCUGGACACUUUAGAGACAAUUUAGUGACAAUUUAGAGAGUAACCACGUAAUACAGGUCUGACUGUAAUGGCCUCUUAUAAAAAAACGUUAACAUCUUGCUAAAUUAAAUAUUGUGAUCUCUACAGAAUAUAGAGGAAGAGUUCAAUGAAAGAAGAAAAGAUCAUAUCUCUCAUUUUAUCCUUCGUCUUGCUUAUUGCAGAUCGUAAGUGAACAUAUUUAUCAUCUUUUAUCUUAUGAAUUAACCUACUGUCACAUUUCCUCCUAGGUUGGGGGUACAUUUUUGGUUGUACUCCAUGAAUUUUUGUAUGUGUCCAUGCUGCUGGUACAUAGAAACCUUUGAGCCCAUAAAAUUAUAACACAAAACUACGGGUUUUUUACCAUUUACAAAAAGUUUCCAGAAAAUCCGGUUGGAAAGUAAAUGGAACAAAAACUUUUCACGUCGUUUCCAUGGAAAAUUUCCAGGAGCAACGGAAUGUGUGAAAAGUUCAUCCUGUUUUCCCUGUCGCAAUGUUCCAAACAGAGAUUUAUGUUCCAUUUCUUCAAAGCCAUUUUUUAUACAAGUUUCAAACUCUUGGGGCUGUUUUUCCGUAAAAUCCAGCAGAUUAGUGCAAAUGAACUGGGAUGAAAUUUACCAGUCUUGAAUUUGCUUACCAUUAAUUUGCCUAACCAUGAAUCAACCGGUCGGGUGUCUACAAAACAAAGACCUAAGACCCAAGACCUAAGACCGAAGACCCCAAAACGAAGACUAGUUUUUUUUACAGGCCUAUCAAACCGGAGCCAGUCAAGCCGGAUCAACGCUUUUCCUCAGACACCAACUGACGCGAAAUGAAUGGGGUCUUCGUUUUGCAGAUUAAGCCGGGUCAAACUACAAAACGAAGACCCUCGCGUAAAUGCUUUGUUCGUUGUCAACUGAAGCAAAAUGAAUGGGAUCUUCGUUUUGUAGAUUAAACUGGGUCAAACUACAAAACGAAGACCCUCGCUUAAAUGCUUUGUUUGUUGUCAAAUGACGCUAAAUGAAUGGGGUCUUCGUUUUGUAGAUUAAGCCGGGUCAAACUACAAAACGAAGACCCUCGCGUAAAUGCUUUGUUCGUUGUCAACUGAAGCGAAAUGAAUGGGGUCUUCGUUUUGCAAAUUAAGAAGACCCCAUUCAUUUCGCUUCAGUUGACAACGAACAAAGCAUUUACGCGAGGGUCUUCGUUUUGUAGUUUGACCCGGCUUAAUCUACAAAACGAAGACCCCAUUCAUUUCGCGUCAGUUGGUGUCUUAGGAAAAGCGUUGACCCCGGCUUGACUGGCUCUGGCUUGAUAGGCCUGUAAAAAAAACUAGUCUUCGUCUUGGGGUCUUCGUUUUAGGAUCUUCGUUUUUAGGUCUUAGGUCUUAGGUCUUAGGUCUUAGGUCUUAGGUCUUAGGUCUUAGGUCUUAGGUGUUAGGGCCAUGUGUAAUGGUAAAAACAAAACAUUGUACAAUAGGCUGACAAAAUCAAACAAACCUGAUGUGUGGCUAGAAAACAAAUUCCUACCCAAUCAAUAGUUGUAAAAAUGGCUGCUCAAGGUUGGUCACUGUAAUUUGUACCAAACAUUGUAAUAAACCUGUGUGAUCUAAUCUUUAGGGAAGAUCUCAGGCGGUGGUUUCUGUCUCAAGAAGUUGAGUUAUUUCGGUAAGUGAAGUAUAACUAUUGUCUUAUUAUGGCCCCUAAAUAGAUAGGAAUGUACUUUUUUAAGAGAAAAAAUACAUCAUUGUCAGAUACAUUGAAUUUUGAUUAAAAGAUUAAUUUUUUACAAGCUUUAAAGUGAUUUUACCUAAGAGCUUGGGAUCAGGGUUUUACAUGUAAGACUUUAAAAAUUUGUGUACCCAAAGAGGGUCUCAAUGGUGUCAACUGUUAGCUGUCAAAUGGCCUAACCAAAUGGUUUCAAGGUCUUUUUAUACAGUCAAAGAUCUCAUAAGAACCACUUCGGAAAUUUGAAAAAGUGGUCGUAACUAUAGAGCUGGUCGUUGAAAAGAACAAGCUUUCGCAAGGGACGACAUGGUAAAAUAGUAAAGGAUGGUCACUAGCGAGGGCUUUAGAAACUCAUUAAUAAGUCAUGAAGAAAAAACGAAAUAAAUUAAUGUUUAACGAGUGUCUUUAUAUCUGAUAUAGACACGGCUAAACUUUAGGUCCAAUUUUUCAGACCAUUAGUUUCAUUUAAAUGUCGAUUCAUAUGAAAAAGACUCUGAGUAGUCGCUUAUGAGAGCUUAAAAAUAAAGGAAAUGUCCCGUUGGGUAAUCCCAAAAGUGUUAACUAGAGCUGGUCACUUAUGAGAGUGGAUGCAAGGACAGCUUCCACUAUAUCUCACUAUUCUAUCUGCUCAUCACCGACUUCUGGCUCAUGUAGGAUCAUUAAACUGGAAAAACUAGUUCCCACAUUCAAAAAAUAAUAAAUAAGGUAUUACAGGGAAAAAUUUAGAAUAAUAAAAAUAAUAAUAAUUAUUAUAAUAACCUUUUCCAGCAUAACUCUCCAAUUUUCCACACCUUUCAUGAAUUCAAUUCUACAGUCCGUAAACUGUGUAAAAAAUUAAUGGUACUUUAACUGUACCUAUAUCAUGGUUAUUGAUGGAUGUACACUCUAUCCUCACACCAGAAGUCCUAGGUUUCCUUGAUAGGAGAUAUUUAAUAUAUUAUUGUCCUUAAUUAUUAUCCAUCAACUCUGUAAAGUAGGGGACUUCUCUGUAUCAGACCAUUACCUAGAUCUUGCUGAUUUACACAAUUGUAUUGUAUUUUAUGGAUAGGUUUCGUUUUACUGUAUUAGCCAAAUGUGACACACAACAGACAGACAUAUUCCUGAGUGACAAUGGACUGAAAUACGAACCAGUAAGUGCAAAGACAAAAAGCCUGUUAGAAUAUCGUUCUUGUUGUUAAUAAUAUUUUGCUCUUUUGCAUGCAACAUCUUUAACCAUGUUGGUAAUGAGAUAUACAUGUAGGAACUGAUGGCAUGGUAAUUAUUCUUGUUUGCAAUAAAACUUACAUUUGAAGUUAUUGCUUUUUAAUGCUGACAUUUCAUUUAAAAGGUAAGGAUUAAUGUGUCACCAAUGAUAUUACAUCAUUUUAUACCACUACUUGAGAAAUUUCUACAAUUUGAUUGGCUCAGAGCAGAGGCAUUUCAGCUUAAUUUGAAAUACCUACAUGUGAAAAUAACAAAUCUUUUGCAGGUAGUAGUAUUUAUAAACAAAAUAUAAUAGCAUGAUUUGUAUGUGAUAUAUGGCAUAAAUACCACUCAUGAUAUUUCAAAAUUGCCUAAAAUUUCACUUGCCUAACGGCUCAUGAAAUUACGUAUAACAAUUUUUUGAGAUAUCACUAGUGGUAUUUAUGCCAAAUAUCACUACAAAUCAUGCUAUCACCUAUACUAACAUCAGUUUUUAGAUCAGCAUAUGUACUGGUGUACAUGUACAUGUGAAAAAAAAAAAUGCUAAUUGUAAUUUUUGUGAGAUUAAUUAAUUUCAUUUCUCUGCAGAUCACAAAUGAAGAAAGAGAGGCACGAAAAGAAGAGCUGAUGAAUUCAGGAUUCAACCUCACAAGUGAUAAAGUACUAAAUACAGACUACUUUAAGGUAAAGUUUAAAAUUAAUUCACAUUGUUGUCAAGGAGAUACACUGUAACUGAAUUAAAAUGAUUAUGUGGAAGCAUUAUUAAAUUUUCUUUAUUAAUGCCUUUGUUUUCCCCAGGUUCCAUUCGAAGAUGCUCUUGAACUUGUGAGAUCAAGAAAGGUUUACCUAGAAAAUGUAAGUUCGCUAACGAAAAGCAGGAAUGCAAAUCUUUUCAGAAAGGACAGCAAUGAUGUCCAAGUUGCCAUUUUACAAAACAGAAAUAUUGUUGCUAUAAUUUAUACUCUACUAUACUAGUACUAAGAGUUUUCAAACUUCUUUAAGUACAGUCAUCUUCCUUUUUUUGGACACUUGAGACCGUGAGUCACUGACCUUAUAAGUGAGAGUCCAGAACACUGGUUGUUUAUUUCAGUCAAAUGUCGCUGGAAAUGCAGCUGCUGUCUGUAUUACGUGGAUGUCCAUCAAGACAAGAGUUGACUUACAGAGUUCUCCUGAUCAGGAGGUAACCGGUAAAAUUUACCUCCUGAAGCAACUCUUCUUACCACUUGCGACCACUUGAAGGUUAACUAAAAUUAAAUAGUUUUAUAAUAUAUGCAAGUUGUGAUCCAAUCUGAUUCUCACAAGGAAAUGAAUGAAUAUAUGGAAAAGUACAAAAGUAUACACAGCUUUUCUUUUUCUGGGCCAUGCAUUUUGGAAAGAGAACAUUGAAGACAAAGUAAAAUUAUUGGAAUUAAAUGUUUUAAGUUGUUGUCUAAAGGUGACAAUGGCCGAUUUGCAUAAAAUAGGCCUUAAAAAGAGCGAAUGACAUAUCAGAGAACUUAGCUUCUAAAUUUCCCAGCGUGAGUUGAGCCAUGUCCCUCACUCCACUACCCCCUCCCCCUAGGAAAGUGCACCUCUGGUGCACAUUUUUUGCCUUACCGGCCAUGAAUGGUCCCUUACCUGCUGAGCUACAAUUUUGGGAGAACACUGACUUAUGCCAAUCUUUAGUUUCAAGGAGCAAACUAUUGUCUUUGGCAAUAAAAUUGAUAUGUUCCAUCACCACAUCUGACUGAAAGUACUUGCAGAAUUUCAUCAGACAUGGACAAAGUUUAUUUGGACAUUAUUUGUCUGACAAUUUGCAGCUCUGAAUUGUUUUUAUUGUAUGUUUUGUGUUGCAGGGUUCUGCAUAUGUCCCAAGAGAUGAUCUGGUUUCCCUUGUGGCCAAUGAAUUUCGAGUACAGCUCUCUCGUGCCUUGGCUGUAGGUGUCUCUUGUUUUUUCGAUGUUGCAUAUUACUAAUUGUUAAGACUGAUUUAUUAACAGUCCAAGUUGUUUGGUCAAGAUGGCUGGAUAUUAGCCUUGUUCUUUUUUGAGUUUUUUAUUCAGUGACCUCGCCAAAUAAAAACGCAAAAAAGAACUUGGCCGAUAUCCAGCUGUCUUGACCUCACACUUGUUCAUUAACGGUUCUGUCUUUCCUUCAGAUGACUGCAAGAGCAUUACCAUAUCUUGAAGAAGAUGAGAGACUGCUUCCAAAGUUAACAAAUCUCAGGUUUGUUUUACUUACCCAGUGCAAUGCAAUAACAUUAAGUGGUGAAUUUUGUUGUCUUGUGUGUGAUGACUUACUGGUAUUUUUUCGUUAUGAUGUUUUUAAUAUUUAGUCGUCAGUAUGUUGGACAGGAUUACACCCAGAAAAAGUCUGUGGGAGGGAAAGUCACUCUGGAUCAAAUUGAUGGGGUGAGUUUACACUGCAUUCUGGGUUAAGCUGGUAUCCUAACACUCAGACAGUGAUGUAUUCCAGGGCAGGGUGCAAAGAAAAUCAUUUUUACAGCUUGCCAUUCGCGCAAGCUGAAGCUAGCAUUUACUAGCCCAGACGUCAUUUCAACUAGCCCCAAAAACUUUUUGACUAGCAGAAUUGACGUCACAGUUCUUCUGUUAUUUGAAUUCCUCGAAAAACAUUACUUGCCCGUCGGGCAAGUUAAAAACAGAAUUCACUAGUCUGAUAGCAAAAUCCACUAGCCCCGGGCUAUCGGACACUACUUUCUUUGCACGCUGCAGGAAUCCCCUCUUGCUUCAAAGCCAAGCAAAGUGCUUAUGUGCAUGUAUAACAAGGCCCUAGCAGCUACAUGUAGUCAUUCACUUCACCAUUGGGGAUGUUUUGCGAAGAGGGACGUCUAUGUGGCAGCGACAGAAAUUCCAUACUGAUGAUGUAAAUCAAUGUAGCCUGGUAGUCAUGGGGUUCCAAAUAUGUUCAUUUCUCCUGAUUGAUGGCCAAAAAUUAAUAAUUCCAAAAACAAGAAACUGGAAACUUUUAGCUUGUAUUCUUUAGCCAGUAAAACGUGUUUAAAAUGCUCCCCCAUGCCACUCACCAGUCAUAUUUUCAUUUGUGUUGUCUUCUAUUUUAUAGCUAUCAAAAACAUCUUAUCCUUUGUGUAUGCGUCAACUGCACACAGCAAUGAAAGAAAACCACCACUUAAAGCACUUUGGCCGACUGCAAUAUGGCUUGUUUAUUAAGGUAGAUAACAACUUUGUCGAAUGCACAACAGACUUAAUACCGAUCAUUAACUGUAGGACAUAAACUUGUUUUUUUUCUUUAUUAUUAUUUAGAAAAUUCAUUGGUUUCUUUUAUCGUAAAUAAGUUUCUUGAGGGACCAAUUUUGUUGACGAUAGACUAAUAAACCAUUGUAUGGCUAUUGUACUUUAUUUUUACGUUGUAUUUUUUAUAUACCUUAUCUGAUGAUCAACGUGUUUGGAUGUCUUGAUGUAGGGUAUUGGACUCAGUUUGGAAGAAGCACUUAUCUUUUGGAGAUCUGAGUUCACAAAGCUUAUGGAUGUUGAUAAGGUACCAGCAUUUUUGACACCUAAGUGACAAUGAGUAAUACUUGAUUUGGAAGUAACAAGUAUGAUUCAUGAAAUAAAAAAAUUUCAAUUGACAUCAACAAAAUUGUCUUAACAAAGACAGUUACUGGUUCCAUUAUGUUACAGGUCAAAUUUGAUUGCAGGUUAAUUUUGAUUUAACCUAGGGUGAUUCUCAAUUUCGAAUGUCUCCUAGCUCCAGAAGGCAAAGGAAAUCCAGAAUCAACCUAGGUUAAAUCAAAAUUAACCUGAAAUCAAAUUCGACCUGUAACACUUUGUGUAAACACAAUCAUAUUUUCAUAAGUUUAUUGGUUCCUGAUUUUUUUUUUUUUUAAACACUUAUUAACUUAAUAACAACAAUGUUGAGGGGCAUUUACUUUUUCUUUAAUCUCAUUAUUCCAACCUUAAAUUGUAAAUUUUGUAUGGCAAAUAAAGGUUGAAUGAAUGAAUGAAUGAAUAAAAGGAGCAUAAAAUUACCAGUUAAUUUGUUUAAAAAUGAUAAUGAUACAAGGGUAAAAAACAAACAUUAUUUUAUCUCCAUUUUUUGUUCAACUAGUUUGACAAACAGUAUGCUUACAACAUUCGGCACAGUUAUGGGAAAGAAGGUAAAAGACAAGACUACACACCAUACAGCUGCAUGAAAAUCAUCAUGAGUAACCCACCUGGACCAGGAGAUCAUCAUGGUAAAGCAUCAUAUUUUUUAGUCUUCCCUCAGUAACCUGUGCUUAGAGGCUUGUGGUCCAUCCCUCAGUUUCUUUCCCUUGUAAAGAAGUUGAUGUUUGCCCAAAGGCAGUGUAGGGGGAACAAUGACAACACCAUUUUCUUGACAGUUGAAAAAAAAAUUUGGUUAAUUUUCCAGCAUGGAACCUAUGGACAAGAUUAGUCCACCUGCUAUUCUUUUUUUUUCUGUUAACUAUCCCCCAAUAUAAUAGAGAAUUUAUAGUUCACCCUUCUGUCUUAUUCUGGGGGAUCCACAGACAGUGUUUGUAUUAACCAGGUGUGGGUGUUAAGCAGUUAGUGUUGAUUUCAUUGUACAUCAAAAUAAAAGGAAGGGAAGGGCUUUCCCAGUGACGUGGUUAACCAUGUGAUAAUCAUAACAAGGUGUCUGAAAAGCAGGGAUCCAAUGUUUGUUUCUUACACAUUCAUUGUGCACAUUUUAGCAUAAGAUUGUGAUAAUGUCGCCAGGAGGCACUUACCUUCUUUUUGAUCAGUUUUCUCCUAAUCUCUUCACAGGCUGCCCAUUCCGACACACAGAUGCUGAUCUACUGCGGCAACGUUUAGCAGCUUACAGGAUUCCUAAGAAGGGUAUUGAUGAGGUACAGUUGAAAGCCAUAACAGAAAAAGGAGUUUCUUUUCGAAUACUGUCACAAUGUAUUUGAGCAGAGUUCUUCAUUACGAACUAUUAUACUGUAACACACAUCAUUGUACUGUACAAUAUUGUUCUCCUCUUUGUUUACAGAUAAUGGAGUUUGUCAAAGAGUCCCAUUACCAGCUGGCUUGUACAAGAUACUUUGAGCUAACACAUGGGGUAUGAACUCUUUCUCCUUUUUAAUUUGUUACAUGCAAUGGGAUCACCAUUAGAGUUCUAUUUGUUCUAAUUUUAAUUUGCAUCAACUACCCUACCUAGGUAACUGCCAGCUCUGCCAUAAACCAUCCAAACCAAUACUUCGAUGAAAGCCGCCAAGUUCUGCAAGAUGGAAAGGGUGGGGCAUCACGCCUUGGAAAUGACACUCCCAGUGGGCUUGAGCAUGUAAAAGCUACUGUAAAGAAUGAGAAAAAUGGUGCACCUAAUGCCACCACAAGUAAUGACAUAGGUGACAUUCAAAUGGAUGAUGAUGAUGACAUGCUUGGGGAAAUUGAAGGAAUGGACACAAUGGCUUAA